AUGCACAACACACGGUUAUCAAUAGCCAUUCCACCUUUGUGCGUGCCACUGCCGUCUUCGCAAUUACGUUUUUACACUACUACACAUAUUAGUACUCCGGCCUCUUGCAAGCAAACAAUGGUGAAGUUGUCGUCCCUGUUUGUGGCGGCGGUCCUCUUUCUCGUGGUGGCACUGGCACCAGCCGUCUCAGCCUCGCGAGCGUCGGUGUAUAGCGUGACGAGCUACGGUGGUAUGGCGGAGCCAAAAACAGACUCGACGAGAGCUUUUUCGGAAGCAUGGAAAAGAGCGUGCAGCGACCCGCGCCCGUCUGUUGUGUACGUGCCCUAUGGAAAGUUUCACCUCCGAGACAUAGCGUUUGAAGGGCCGUGCAAGAGCAACGCUAUCGUGGUGCGUAUCGACGGAACCCUGGUGGCUCCGUCCGACUACUCCGUCAUUGGGAAUGCCGGGAACUGGAUUCGGUUUCACAAAGUUGACGGCGUACGGAUCUCUGGCGGGAUACUUGACGGACAAGGCACCAGGCUAUGGUCUUGCAAGCUUGCCGGGAAGGACUGCCCCGUCGGCACCACGAAUUUGCACAUCGCCAACUCCAAGAACGUGGUGAUCGACAGACUAAGCUCCGUGAACAGCCAGAAGUUCCAGAUCGCCAUCACGGACAGCCAGAACGUGAAGCUCCAGCGCGUGACGGUCACCGCCCCGGGAAGCAGCCCCAACACGGACGGCAUCCACGUGGAGAGAUCCAGCUUGGUGUGGAUCCUCAACUCCACCAUCUCCACGGGCGACGACUGCAUCUCCAUGGGCCCCGGGGCCCGCAACGUCUGGAUCGAGCGAGUGGCGUGCGGGCCGGGCCACGGCAUCAGCAUCGGGAGCCUGGGCUGGAAGUUCCAGGAGCCCGGCGUGGAGAACAUCACCGUCAAGAGAGUCCACCUCAGCGACACCACUAACGGUCUCCGGAUCAAGACGUGGGCCCGCCCCAGCUUGGGUUUCGUCAGCAACGUCCUCUUCCAUCACGUCGUCAUGGACGGCGUCAAGAACCCCAUCCUCAUCGACCAGCACUACUGCCCCGGCCACGGCCAGAACUGCCCCAGCAAGGCAUCCGGGGUCAGGGUCAGUGGCAUCAGGUACAAGAGCAUACGUGGCACCUCGAGCACCCAGGUCGCCGUCAGGUUCGACUGCAGCAAGUCCAACCCCUGCACCGGGAUUACGAUGCAUGACGUGGCGCUUACUUACCUUGGUAAGGAGGCCGCCGUCACGUGUGUGAAUGCGAGGGGUACUUCUUCCGGCUUUGUCACGCCGCUGGUCCGCUGGUCCUAG